AUGGCAGAUGCUUUCAAGCAAUUCUUCAUGCAGUCAGAAAGCUACCUCCUUGGUCUCUUUAACAAAUUCAUGAAAAACAAGAUGGAGACAGACAAGAAUACAGCUGUUAACAAACUAGCCAAAACCAAGGAGUCUUCCAUGGUUGUCAAACCCUUUGAAGAGACAUUCCAGAUUUACAUUGAGGAAGUAAAGGCAGUUGAAGAUCUACAAACAGUCAAACCACAGAAAGCAGCAGACAAACCACUCUCUACAGUAGAAAAACCUCCACUCUCUACAGUGAAUAAACCUUCUACCACACUCUCCAUAGUAGAUAAACCUCCUAUUACACUUUCACUCUCCAUGGCUGAUGAACCUCCUACCACUCCUACCAUGGUUGUCUCUGCAACUGAUAAUGACAAGCUAGAGAAAGAAAUCUACAAUGCUUGGCAAAAAAACCCUGAUAAGAAACCUGGUAUCAAAACUAAUGACACUGUCAAAGCCAAGGAAUACAGACAUUUGUCAAUGCUUCCAUCAUACUUCUACUUUGCUCUCACAACUAAAUCUGUCCUGCCCACUCUACCUCCAGUGGCCAUUGUACCUUCUGUACAGCCUAAGACAAACUCUAGCAUCAUAAAAGUGCCUUACAGUAUAUUCAUUAGCCAACCAGGAAACAAGAACAUUGCCUUCUUGAGAGCCAAAAUAGUCUCCAGUAGUUACACAUAUACCACCAUGGACACUGGGGGAAAAAUCACUAAGGAGGAAGAAGUUACCUUCUUCUCCAACACUACUACCAGGGAAGUACACCUCAAAUUGAUAGAAAGAGCUAUGGAGGCUUACAAACUAUGGAACAAGCAAGGAUUACUUGGGAGUAGGAUGUUGUCUUCUUCAUGA